AUGCUUUUUAAACCCAGCUCCACAGGGGUCGGGCGACUGGAGAUCUAUACUGUACUUGACACCAAUGCUAUUACUGACCAGAAGAAGGCUGGUCGGCAGAAAACACCAGAGCGAAAGGUAGUGCGUCUAAGUGACUGUCUUAGUGUCACCCCUGCUCCAAAUGAAGCUUGCCUCCAAGGGUGCACAGCCUUCUACAUAAACACCACACAGUGCACCUACACCAUGGCCUCCACCACAAGCCAGGAAUGGAUAAGUGCCCUCUGUUUUCUAGCCUUUCAGAAGGAUCCUGGAGAAACAGACAGAGGGGGUUUGGAGAGAGGAAACGACUUGACUAUGGAAGAUAAUGUUCUUUACUCAUCUUGGAAAGCUGAUCUGACUGCUCCUCCAAACCGGUACCAAGUGACUGUCCAGAGCACAGAGGCAUCCAGGAGGUGCAAGUUGGCUGGAGACUAUUUGGUUUCCCCAGACAAAGAUGCUGUGAUACUGCUGGCUAUCAAUACUUGUCACGUCAUCUAUCACUGGCCAUACAGGUUCCUACGCAAAUUUGGACAGGUUGAGGGAGGAUUCAGCAUUGAAGCAGGCCGUCGCUGUGAGUCAGGAGAAGGGAUAUUCAUCUUCCUGUCUACACAAGGUUCCCUGAUCUUCCAGGCUAUAUCAGAGCAGUGCUCUGUGUUGAGAAGAUCCCCUCUCCAUCCAAGGUCAUACUUAAUGCAGCUGUCUUCUGUCAAGCCUCAUGUUUCUUGCACCAAAGAAGCUGUGGGAGAGGAAGAUGAGGAUGAGGAUGAACAGUAUCAUUCUCUGGAGGCUCUAAAACUUGAUAUUGACACAGGGGACAGCAUUUAUUACAACCUUAAGAGGGCCACUCCUCCCCUGAUCAGAAAAGAUGAGUUCAAACCAGAGACGGACAAUUCUGAAUACAUCUAUUCAACUGUGAAAUUAGUUAAGUCUCCCUCAAACCCCGAGCUGCAGCCUGUACCCCAGCCUCCUCCUUGCACUAUUUCCCAGUCUGCUUCCCACAUCCUACCCAAGCCCAAAUACCAGCGUCAGCCCCCUGUGAGUAACUAUGUCCAACCAGGGUAUAAUGCUCAGGCACAGGCAGUGGAUGACAUGAAAGAGAUGGAGGGGGCCAUCAACCCCUCUCUCUAUGUUACCCCCACAGAGGCCCCUGGCAGUUUUAAACACAGGCUGGCAGAAAUCAUUUCUAAGGACCUGGCAAAAUUCCAGACACCUCUUCCCUCCAGAGUGAACAGCCCCACAUUUUCUCAGUAG